AUGAUUCAAGAGAAACUGGAACAACUCCGCCGCGACCGCGACGCACGAGCAAAGGAACUCGCAAGACGGCGGGAGCAGGACGGCCCAACCACCAGUGCCAACUCAUCUUCUGACGACUGCCGAACGAAGAGUCACAAUCCGACGGAACAACACAAUGCCAUGGACUAUCAGGACGAAUCCAGCGACUCUGAUGCACCAUUCCAGGAAGUCAGACGCCGCCGGAAAGGCACCAAACGCAGGAAAGCCGAAGAAAAUACCCCCAUGCAGACGGAACAACGAGCUGUACCCACCACCAACUACUACGCACCACUACAGCAACAGGACCCAGCAAUGGAAGACCAACACCAGCCUCAGCCUAACGACACAAAUACUCAGGACGCCACAGCUCCGCCGCCGCCGAAACCGAGAAUACCACCUAAGGCGAUACACGCCUACCAACUGCGACCUCCACCAUCCAAGGAGCCCCAACAACCACCACAGCCGUCGUUUGCGGCGACUCCGAAGGACUUCCCAUCUCUCCGAACACCCUGGACGGCUGCAUCGUCGUUAUUUCAAACACCAACCCAGCAACAACCAACUCGACCGAAAAACACGGCGCGCCAACGACUGCACGAUCUUCGCCAGUAA